AACCAGAGCGCACACCUCAUGUCCACUUGCCGCAUGCAUAACUUCAUUCCCCCUCCCCGCCCCGACAGGCUAUAUUUUGUUUACCGCUAACGCUGAACGCGGCUAAACCUGACGCACUAAUCCGCGCCUGGUCCGUAAUACCCUGCAGACGCUGCACCCGCUGCGGAAAGUGCCCAAAGUGGCUCUCAGCCGCGUAAACACCGGCGCGAGACCGCUUGCGUGAGGGCGAUGCAGUUGUAGCUGAACCGCACGCCUCUCUCUCUCUCCUCCCCCGAGGAGCUUUGUGGCACCCAUAGGGUUAUCCGCCGCUUUGUGGUCUUUCCCUGCGCGCCCACUUCGCACCUCUCCUUCACCGGCUCCCAGUCGGACAAACACAUAACUCACGAAUUUAAAACAAGCAGAAAAAAUACUUUUGGAUGCACUGGUUAUUAUUUGUAACUUUCGGCUCGGACGAGUGUUCUAGGAGCCCAUAGGAAUUACGCCACAAGGACAUACGGCACCGCGCGGAGAAACCGGGAAACCAAAACGCCUGCACCAUGUAGCAAAUCUCCUUAUGAAUUAGAAAAGUUGCCUGGAAAUACAUAGUCGAUCACACGCACACACCGGCGAGCUAGUUAUUUUUACUUGAAGAAGGGGCGGGUUGGGGUGGGAGGUUGGGGGCUGUGGACUGCUGAAUGUGAUGUGAAGCUCUUCGUCGCAGCGUGGCUCCCGGCAAAAAAAAGCGCUGGUUUCUACAGCAUCUGCUGGUGGGUGAAGGAAACAAAAAUACCAAGAAAACGUCAAGGAGAGAAGUGCCAGAGAAGAAGCGAUAUGCGGGCGGCUCGGUAGGCAGCUGGUUUUGCGGGUUGUCUCCUGGAAUUAGUGGAUGAAUGGGAAGGGAGCGGCUGUAGCCUCGAACCGGGGGAAACAGAAGACGCCGUGCAGAGUCUACGGUGGCGCACAAUGGAUACAUAUCCGUCUCUCAAGGUGACCUGAGUGAUCCGACUGAGACAAAUGUAACUGACUAUCAAGACAAGGCAUUGAUUUGGACCCCACCAUCUUGACAUGACUCGCUUUGUGUUAUGUUGGAUACCUGACCAGGCCAAACUGAUCUGAUCACUGUUGCUCCCUCACCGUGCUUGUUGGGGGUGAAUGUGUGGCCUCCAGGUGUUUCUGAGGGACCGUAUGGCCCAAUACUGCACAUUAUAGGUCCCCUUUGUAUGAACUAACAUGGACAAAGUGGUCAUCAGUCUCCUGCUUCUGGGAACCGCAGUUGCGAUGGUCCAUGCAUGUCCCAAAUAUUGUGUCUGCCAGAACCUUUCUGAGUCAUUGGGGACUUUGUGCCCCUCCAAAGGCCUGCUCUUUGUCCCACUGGACAUUGACCGGCGAACUGUGGAGCUCAGACUCGGCGGAAACUUCAUCCUCAAAGUCACAACUCAGGACUUUGCCAACAUGUCCGGUCUAGUUGAUCUCACCUUGUCUAGGAACACCAUCAGCGCCAUCCAGCCUUUCUCUUUCCUAGACUUGGAGACCCUGAGAUCACUACAUCUUGACAGUAACCGGUUAACUCAGCUGGGACCGGAUGACCUCCGAGGGCUGGUUAACCUGCAGCACCUGAUCCUCAACAACAACCAGCUGAGUCAGAUCUCUAACACAGCCUUUGACGACUUGUUAGGGACGUUAGAGGAUCUGGAUUUGUCCUAUAACAACUUGCGCAGUGUGCCUUGGGAAGCCGUCCGCAAGAUGGUCAACCUCCAUCAGAUGAGUUUGGAUCAUAACCUCAUCGCCUUCAUUUCCGAGGGGACUUUUACUGAUCUGGAUAAACUGGCCCGCUUGGACCUCACGUCAAACCGUCUACAGAAGCUCCCUCCAGACCCGAUCUUUGCACGCUCCCAGAGCAAUGCGGUGGUGGGCACUCCUUUUGCACCUCCUCUCUCUCUAAGCUUUGGCGGAAACCCAUUACACUGCAACUGUGAAGUGCUUUGGCUUCGAAGGCUGGAGCGUGAGGAUGAUAUGGAAACCUGCGCAUCUCCCGCUAGUCUAAAAGGGCGCUACUUUUGGUUUGUUCCUGAGCCAGAGUUUGUUUGCGAGCCCCCCUUGAUCACGCAGCAUACCCACAAGUUACUCGUGCUGGAAGGGCAAACUGCAAGCCUGCGCUGCAAAGCAGUUGGGGAUCCAAUGCCGACGGUGCAUUGGGCUGCACCUGAUGACCGUUUGAUUGGCAACUCCUCCAGAGCAACAGUAUAUGAAAAUGGCACCUUGGAUAUCACAAUCACAACAUCCAAGGAUUAUGGGAUCUUUACUUGCAUAGCUGCCAAUGCUGCUGGGGAAUCUACGGCUUCCAUAGAGCUGUCAAUCAUUCAACUCCCCCAUCUGAGUAAUAGUACAAAUCGUACCACACAGUCUAAGUCGGGGCUUUCGGAUAUAACUAGCUCCACCAAAAUUAGUAAAGGUGAACCCAAGCCGCUACCAGAGAAGGUGGUGUCUGUAUCCGAAGUGACUGCCGUCUCUGCUCUGGUCAAGUGGACUGUUAGCAAAUCAUCUCCUAAGGUCAAAAUGUAUCAGCUUCAGUACAAUUGUUCAGAGGAUGAAGUCCUCAUUUACAGGAUGAUUGCUGUGACUAACCGAGCCUUCGUAGUGACGAGUCUUGUCCCGGGGAUGCAGUAUGACCUGUGUGUCUUGGCCAUCUGGCAUGACACCGCCACCACCCUGACUGCCACCAACAUUGUCGGCUGUGUCCAGUUCAUCACCAGGGAAGACUACCCGCAGUGCCAGUCGCUCCAUAGUGGCUUCCUGGGUGGCACCAUGAUCCUCGUCAUCGGUGGCAUCAUUGUGGCCACGCUGCUGGUGUUCAUCAUCAUCCUCAUGGUGCGGUACAAGGUGACCAGUGGCAUACAGACUAAAUUACCUGCUUUGAGCAACACAUACUCACAAACCAACGGAGGAUUGAGUAGGUUCAAUGGUGCCCCACCUCAGGUGAAGUCCACAGUGGUGGUUAUGCAUGAGGAAAUGGUAGAGUUCAAGUGUGGAUCCCUUCAGAGCAGUUUGUCCUCGUCCUCAUCGUCCGCUAACUCAUUAGAAAGCCAAACAGGAAGAAGGGCUGUCGAUCGCCACAGUAUGCAGGGCAGUGAAUGCAGCACGCUGCCCAGGAGCAAGUUCAGGAGGCAAAGGCACACUACUAAAGCACAGCCAAACCUGGACCACCUUUUAGGGGCAUUCACCUCAUUGGAGCUGCGAGGGGUAGGGAGGGAGCACCACGGGACGUUUGCCCCACCCAGCACUACCAAUGCUGUGAUGACGGUGGCUGUGGUACCCCCAUCAGACAAAGAACCCCUGCUCGGGAGAGCAGAGUCCACCACCAUGCUGGGACGUCUAUUAGGGAUGCCCCAGGAAGUUAUGCCCAAGAGGAGUCACUCGUUUGACAUGGGUCAUGUGGGGGCAGAGCAGUGUCGCAGCAGCUACCCUCGCAGGAUCAGCAACAUCUGGACUAAGCGCAGUCUGUCCGUUAACGGCAUGCUGCUGCAGUACGACGACAGCGAGGACGAAAAGCCUACUUUUGAGAGCUCUGAGUGGGUGAUGGAAAGCACAGUUUGAAUGGUUCAUGGCAAACAGAUCUCUACCAGGAGCUGAGAGAACUUGAGUUUUACAAGCAGGGUGUUCCAGAAGGAAUCUGCCUUUGGGUAUUGCAUGAAGUUUACCCAAGUAAAUACCGUCUAAGUAAUUAUGUGACAAAAAGAGACAAAUUGAGAGAUUCCUGGACAUGAUCUCAAACCUCCGACAGUGUCUGACUGUGUUAGAUAUUGUUCCUGUCUUAAAAUCAACUCCAAACCUUAGAUUGUGCGGAGAGGAAUUCCAAGUGGAUUGAAUCAUUCUUUGUCAAAAGAACUCAACAAAGACAAUUUCCCCCAGCUGUGGGGAACUGGAUGGGCAUCACAAUAACUUAGACCCUGAGUAAUGCAAUGGGACUGCUGCAACAGUAAAGAGAAAGACCAGAGGAGCAAACAUAGAAAAGUCUACAUCAGUCUUUUUUUUCUAUUUUUUUUUUUAUUUGAGGUUAUUCAUCAGCAGGCAUGGCCCUUUAGUGAGGCUAUAAUAUACACAAACAGAAAUCACUCCUUCACUUACGGCCAUUUCACAUCCCACAAAUGUAUUCAGUAAAAUUCCAAAUUUUUGCUUUUCCCAACAUUCUUCUAAAUAAGGUUUCAGUGACACUUAAUCACAGUACGCCGGUCUUGUAUUCCUACCUCGUGUUUUUUAUGACAUGAGGUCACUUGAAUAUAAAAACAAAUGGAAAUACAAACAAUCCCAAAUGGUGAUCACAUAACACAAAGGAAUUUCCUCGAUUGAAAAUGCGUCAAAGAAUGAUUCAGUCUCCAUCGAAUCAAGUUAAGUAAUGUUCUCAGAUCUGGUUCAAUUCCUGCUGUAAGGGAAAUGUAUUUUUUCAAAAGGCUUUGAUACGCUUCCCGUCGGCCAAUGCGGUUGACAGUGGUCCCUGUAGGCUUAAAUGCCAUUGAUGUAAACCAAGUGUUCGCCUCAGGAAACGGUUUUAGAUGCUAUCAACCCAUAUUACUGUCGCCAGACGGAAAUAGCCUUUGAAACCCAUAAAGCCCACUUAAUUAUUCACUUUUAACCAUAGCAGAAUGUAUUAUAUCGCUCCAAAUCUCUUUUGGUAACACAAACAAGAGGGUACAACAAUUACUCAUUCAGCCCUGGUUAAAUGGCAAUAUGACUCCCAAUUGACUUUUAACGGCUUCAUAAAGGUCGUUGCUGCUCAGGAGAGGACGUUAGGUAGAGAAAACGGAAGAAAGGGGAGAAGCUUUUUAAGGGCCAAACAGCUAAAACUCUCUGGAAAUCCAUUUCAACGGAUUGCAUGAUACAGGACCAAAUGUAUCAUUUGAAGUGAUUCAUAGAACGGAGCCAUUUUAUUUUCAUUGACCCUCUUACGGAGAUGUACAUUGCAGUAAGAUACUUUAAAAUAGUGGCUAUUCUGGUUACUGCCUACGAUGAGCACAUACAUCCUGAUAAAUGUGGAUGCCUUUAUCAAUAUAUUGUGGGAUUUUGCUAUAUUUUGAAGAUGUUGGGUGUUCAUAUCUUUUUUCUUUUUCUCUAAUCGUUUUCAUCCCUAGGUGUACCGUUCUGUAUAUUGGAAUUUUUUUGUACAAUAACUGGGUAAGAAUGUAAAGGGGGGGAAUCGUGCAGUAGUACUUUUGUUUUCAUGUGAAGCAAACAGUGAGAAGGUCCUUUACUGUGCUGUACCAACUUGGUCAUUGUUAAUUAGCUCACUGAGAUGGGAUUUUACAUGAUACUACUUGUAAAACACAUGGCUGUUUUCAAAGAUUCAGUUCAUCAAAAGUACUAUCAUACAUAUUUUACCUUGAUUUUAUUACCAGUGGGUGGUUUUCCAUGUUUGGUCAAUUUAUCAAAUCAAUGAGCAGGACUGUGCUAUAGUACUAUUGGAUUUCAUCUGAUUGAAGACAUUCUAUUUUUCCUUAAUCUCAACAAAUUCUCAUCGCUAUUCCUCUUGUCCGAGGAUAACGUGUAGACAAUGACAUUAUCAUGAACACCAGAUCUAUAGGGUACUUUUGCAGAUCGCAGACUGUUAAAUGGCAGCUGGACUCUUGGGAUAUGAAGCAAGAGCCAUUGGAUCACACAUCAAACGAAAAACCAACCUGACAGGCAUGAAGUAAUGUGUUUGUGUCUGUUAACCAGAGCCCAUUUUUAGAAUUUAAUUAGGCAUUUGAGUGGCGUUGUGGAGAAUCACAAACAGGGUAGAGAGCUCAAAAAUGACUUACACAAUGUUGGUUUUGGACUUUGGAUGACACACUGGUGUAUUAACUAUUGCCCACUCUUGCAAUGGAAGGUUGGAUGGAUUGAGGCAUUCAUGAAACAUGAAACGUUUUUGCAUCACUUUAAAUAAUUUAAAAAGAGAGCUGGGAAUUCCACUGAGAACGCAUAACUCAUUCUAAACUUACCUCAACAAAUUUGAAUAUUUAACUCUUUGAACUUAUUUUUCCCCUUUGAGGUUAGUGUCACAUAUCCAGGAAAGUAUAUUUCUGAAUAAAAAGUGUUAUUAAAGCUUUUUAUAUAUUAAAUUGCCAGUGAAAAUUGCAUUCCCCUCCGUUGUAGUGGCUGCAAGAAGAAAUCUCAAAGAUAUCAAUGAAACAUGGAUAAAUGUUAUGUUUCAUGUCAUUUUGGUGAACUGAGCCUUUGACCUGCUUUCUCUACCUGUGACAUCAUGUAACAUCCUCUUUCAUUCUGCUUACUGACAAUACAAUUUAAUUGUGUAUUUGACUCAACAUAGUCAUGACAAAAACAAGAAGAAAAAAAACUCUGUGUGAAAACAUUUUGCUACAAAAGAUAAAAUAUUGAUGAAUUACUAUGAACCAAACUGGCUCUUUUGUGUUUCCUCUUCUUGUGACAUCUCACAGAUACACUAAUUAUGUUGCCUUCCUUUGAUUAUAUUACCAAUUGUAUUUUUGUGUUUUUUUUUUUCUGCCUUCAUCCCUCGGAGCCUGAAGUGUUACCUUACAGUUCUGUCCACUAUAAAGUACACAGAAGCCAA